AAACAUAUCAUAUACAUUUUACUCUCUACUCUCUAGUAGUUUAGUAAAAUGGCUUCGGUCAUGUUCUUGAUCCUAGCCAUUCUUUUGUGUUCAAGAACUUCGGGAGCCACAUCUCGUGGUGGUGGGCUCUUUGAAGCUUCUGCCGUUGAGAAACAUGAGCAGUGGAUGUCUCGGUUCCAUCGUGUUUACGCGCACGAUGCUGAGAAGGCGAGUAGGUUUGAGAUCUUUAAGAAGAACUUAAAGUUCGUCGAGAGCUUCAACAUGAAUACGAACAAGACGUACAAGUUGGAUGUUAACAAGUUCUCUGAUCUCACCGACGAGGAAUUCAAGGCGAGGUACAUGGGAAUGGUGGUGCCCGAAGGUAUGACCGGAAAAUCGCAAGAAACGGUGUCGUUUAGAUACGAAAAUGUCAGUGAAACUGGUGAGAGCAAGGAUUGGAGACAAGAAGGGGCCGUUACACCCAUUAAGGACCAAGGCCAAUGUGGAUGUUGUUGGGCUUUCGCGGCUGUGGCGGCAGUGGAAGCUGUAACAAAAAUUGCGAAUGGAGAGCUUGUAUCGCUUUCCGAGCAGCAACUACUGGAUUGCAGCAUAGGCGACAACAACAUGGGAUGUGACGGAGGGUCAUCUUUGACAGCUUACGACUACAUAAAGGACAACCAAGGAAUCACUAGGGAGGAAAACUAUCCUUACCAGGCAUCACAACAAACCUGCCAGACAACUGUUCCAGCUGCUGCUACCAUAAGGGGAUACGAGGCGGUUCCAAAAGAUGAUGAGGAAGCAUUGCUAAAAGCGGUGUCUCAACAGCCAGUUUCUGUGGGGAUAGUUGGGUCAGGAGAUGCUUUUAAGCACUACUCCAGCGGGAUAUUCGAGGAUGAGGGCUGUGGGACGGAUUCUCAUCAUGCAGUUACGAUUGUUGGUUAUGGUACGAGCGAAGAAGGGAUUAAGUAUUGGUUGCUAAAGAACUCAUGGGGAGAAUCUUGGGGAGAAAAUGGUUACAUGAGAAUCAAGAGAGACGUGAAUGAACCUCAAGGAAUGUGUGGUUUGGCCCAUCGUGCUUACUAUCCAGUGGCUUGA